AUGGAACUUUUAGAUAGUUGUAUUAAUGUUACCAUUCCUAGAACCGCAUUAAGAUGCACUAAUCAAGUAUUUAAAAGCAAUUUCACAGUAAAAUUCAUUCAGGAAUACGAAGUCCUUAUAACAUUUCACACCUACAAGUACAGAAUUUUUAAGCGCUACAGUCAAUUUCAUCAACUCAGAAACGCUCUGAGGACCCACCCAAAUUCCGAUGAGUAUUGGCCCCAGCUUCCAAAGUUCCCUGAGAAGAAACUUCUCGGGAAAAAGCAUCAUUUAUGUAUAGAAUCCCGAAAAAGGGUUCUGGAGGAAUGAAUUUCUUCUUCCUUAAAUUUCCCACAAACCCUCCAAAGUUUGGGUGAAUUCCUUGAAAUUCCAGAAAACUUCCGGUUGCUAUUUUUAGAUCGUGGGAAAUCAGCAACUUGCAAGCUAAGUCCAACUGAGUUGUGUGUUGCUAAUUUUAUUAAAAGAGUUGACCAGUCAGAACAUAAAAGACUUAAAGCCAUAGAAAAAUUCGAAAGGGAGUUUUUUAACCAAAAACAAGAAAUUUCGAUGCCAGUCGCUACAAUUUUACUGAUGAAACUUAUGCCUCUGUGCGGGGUUGAAGUAAUAGGAUCAAAAGCAUUGGACAUUCUAUGCCUAGUUAGAUUUAAUUUAAAUUUAAGGAUUAUUUUUAUUAUUUUUUUAGAAAAAAUAGACAUAUUUUAUCAAUAACAGUAUAUAUAUCAUAUUAAAUUAACUUAGGCUAUAAAAAAAAUUAUUAUUUAUUAGGCUCCUAUUAGACUCCAAAUUAUUUGGAAAAGAAUAUAAACUCACAAGCUCAACUACCUUCAGGUAUUAUCAAACUAUUAUUGACGCAAUGAUGAAAAUCAGCAUGGAUGUGCUUCGAGAUAUGAAAUUAAACCUUCAUUUAAAUCGAGCCUUCCAGGGAGAUUCCGCAGAACUUGCCUGGCAAAUUUGUGGGAAAAUCAAAGAGCAGCUUGGAGACAGUCAUUUAUUAAACUACAUUCUAAAUGACGACAGAAAAGCAAUCAUAGCCUUUGAAAACUGAAACGAAAAUACCUUCCAGCCACAAAUUUCCCCACGCUCUGCCAGCGAUAACACCUCUUCCUCCUGGAAAAAGCUGAACACAGAUGGCUACCCAGGCAAUCUUGAGCUCAGCUACAAAAAAUCAGGGAAUUUUAUCGAAGCCAAAUGUGAAAUGGAGAUUAACGCUUCCCUCGACACCAUAAUUGACAUUAUUACUGAACCCCACCUCAGGAAAAAAUGAGACACUUUUGUGUCUGACUAUGAAAUAGUCGAAAAAAUCAACGAAAAACAGUCCAUAAUUCUGAUGGGUUUUGUAUCAGACAGAAAUGAAGUCGUUGAUUUAUCACUAAUAAGGACCAUCACUCUUGAGCCAGGACACGCAAUUUUGACAUAUGGCUCUAUUGAACACCCUAAAGCUCCACCACGCCCAACCCAUAAAAGAGUAAAAUGCAGCGAAAGCAAAUAUGAUAUUUAUACAAUUCAAGCCCCAAAACAAAGGGCAGCAACUGAUAGCACAGAUGAACCAGCCAGCCCUGAAAAUAAAAUUAAUGAUGAAGAAGAUAUAAUAGAAAAAUGCAAACUUGUAUAUACGACAACUUUGGCUAUUGAUAUUACCAGAUUUUUGUGUAGUGAAAUGAUUGAGGAAACGCAGUAUAUCAAAAAUGCGUGGAAAAAUCUAAAAAAAUUAGCUGAAAGUGAUGAAGAUAUGGGACCGGUGCUGAUGCAGAGGUCAAAACAGAAUAUAAUAUUUGGAGCACUUUUGAAGAAGUCGGGGUCAGCCAAGAAUAUUCAGGAAGAGACUAUCACUUUGUAUGAGUAA